AUGACAGAUGAAGAAAAAUACUUUAUAGUUGUAUUUGAUGAAAUUAGCAUAAAAAAAUACUUGGGAUAUUCAAAAUAUUUGGAUAUUGUAGAAGGGUUUGAAGAUUUGGGGCAUAAAGGCAGAACUAAUCAAAUAGAAUCGUUAGCUAUGGAUCACCUAACCAAAUUUAUUCAAUUAAGACCUCUAAAAUCUAAAACUGCAGAAGAAGUUGCACAUCACUUAUUAAAUAUAUUUCUUAUUUUCGGAGCGCCAAAUAUUUUACAUUCCGACAAUGGACGAGAGUUCGUAAAUAAAGUUAUAUCAGAGCUGUGUUCAAUGUGGGAUGGUGUGAAAAUUGUGCAUGGUAAACCACGUCACAGCCAAACWCAAGRAUUCAUYGAAAGGGCAAACCAAGAUUUCCAAAAUAUACUGAGAGCUAUGAUGGAAGAUAAUGAAAUAUAA